AUGCUAGAGAUACUUGAAGAUCGCGAGGAGGCUCGACUUGAGGAGCUGAACCGGUACUCUGAUGAAGUUGACGUCAACAACACGGAACCGACCUCAACGUGCCCAAUUUUUGAUGGUAUUUAUCGUGACGGAGGAGCCGAGGCCGUGCUACGGCUCACGAACUUCUCUCCAAGCGAGAUAAACACAUUGUGGUUUUCCGUACGUGGACAUGUGCAUCGGUACUGGAACGUCGGACGCGGAAGGCGCUCCACAUUCGCCGCUAAGGACGUGUUUUUCAUGUUGCUUGUGGUCAUGAAAUGCGGCGGAACCUGGGACAUGGUGGCAAGAAUUUUCAAAGUGAAGACGCUGACUUUCAUUAAGACUAUCACGGGAUUCAUUGAGGUGGUGACACCAAAACUCUACGAAGAGUGGGUAACCUCGCAACUAGACGUGACCACGAUGGGGGCGCUGGUAACGUCGGGGCAUACGUUUAACAACUUUCCUUGGUAA